UCACGCGACGGUCUUCCCGGGUCCGUGAACGGGGUGGCGUUCUGCCUGGGGACUCAGUCUUCGCGGUGGGAGUCAUGGCCACUCGUCGAGCUCUGCAUUUCGUAUUCAAAGUGGGGAACCGCUUCCAGACGGUGCAUUUCUUUCGAGAUGUCCUGGGGAUGCAGGUUCUGCGCCAUGAGGAAUUUGAAGAAGGCUGCAAAGCUGCAUGUAAUGGGCCUUAUGAUGGGAAAUGGAGUAAAACAAUGGUGGGCUUUGGGCCCGAGGAUGAUCAUUUUGUUGCAGAACUGACGUACAAUUAUGGCGUUGGAGACUACAAGCUUGGCAACGACUUCAUGGGAAUCACACUUGCUUCCAGCCAGGCUGUCAGCAAUGCCAGGAAGCUCGAGUGGCCACUCAGUAAAGUUGCAGAAGGAGUUUUUGAAACUGAGGCCCCAGGAGGAUAUAAGUUCUAUUUGCAAGAUCGGAGUCUCCCCCAGUCAGAUCCUGUAUUAAAAGUCACUCUAGCAGUGACUGAUUUCCAGAAGUCCUUGAACUACUGGUCUAAUCUCCUGGGAAUGAAAAUUUAUGAGCAGGACGGGGAGAAGCAGAGGGCUUUGCUGGGCUAUGCUGAUAACCAGUGUAAGCUGGAGCUGCAGGGUAUCGAGGGUGCAGUUGAUCAUGCAGCAGCCUUUGGAAGAAUUGCCUUUUCUUGUCCUCAGAAUGAGUUGUCAGACAUUGAAGCCUUGAUGAAAAGGGAGAACCAAUCAAUCCUGACUCCACUGGUGAGUCUGGAUACCCCAGGGAAGGCAACAGUACAUGUAGUCAUCCUGGCUGACCCUGAUGGACAUGAAAUUUGCUUUGUUGGGGACGAAGCUUUUCGAGAACUUUCUAAGAGGGAUCCCAAAGGAAGCAAGUUAUUGGAUGAUGCAAUGGCUGCAGACAAAAGUGAUGAAUGGUUUGCCACGAGAAAUAAACCAAAGGCUUCAGGUUAAUGGAAGACAAGUGAGAGCAGCGCUUAAACUCAGUCUGGCGUCUUGAGUCCAGUACGGCUGUUUACAAUGAAUACUGUGUCCAGCACAGACAAAAGGCUCAUGGGGUAGUUUCACUCUUCAAAGCUUUGUUAUGUUCUAGAAAUGAAUUUUUUUUUUAUCAUUCUCAGUAGUGGUGAACUCCUGUAUGUAAUUGUAUGAAAUUUGGUAACAAAUUAUUGUCCAGCCUGACAAUAUGUCUAUGGAAUAUUACCCUUGGCUGAGGGUAGUGGAAAAUUUGAUUAGCUGUGAAUCAUGUAGAUAAUUUUGGAAUAAAUGUUCAGAUGAAAGCCAAACUAGCUGGGCAUGGUGGCGCAUGCCUUUAGUUCCAGCACUUGGGAGGUAGAGUCAAGGAUCUUGGAGUUCAAGGCCAGUCAGGACUAUAGAGAAAGACCCUGUCUUAAAACAAAUCCAAAAAAGCCAAACCAACUGCUUAGAGUGUGUGUUUCCAGGCCUUGAUGGAUCUUCCUAUAGAAGUCUUGGCAUUUAAAGAAGCUUUUCUUUUCCCUUUCCAAGACAGUCUCUCCUGAUACACAGGAAGACACAUAGUGUCACUUCACCAUGGAACUCAAGGUAGCUUUUAACUUUGUAGCCCUGACUGACCUGCAACUAUGUCAACUAGAUGGCCUCAAACUCACAGAGACCUACCUGUCUCUGCCUCCUGCUGGGAUCAAAGGCACAAGCUACCUUACCCUUUGAACUUUUGAUCUUCCUACCUUGGCCUCCAGUGCUGGGAUUCUAGAUGUAUGUUACUAGUCCAAGCUUGAUGUUUGUUUGUUUCUUUCUUUGUUUUUAAGAAGUUUUAUCCUGGGACCUAAGAGAUGGCUUAGUGCUUCAGAGUACUGGUUAUUCUUCUAGAGGACUGAGUUUGAUCCCUAGCACCCACGUCUGUUCUUUCUGUAAUUCUAGUCCUAGGGGUUCCAAUACUCUCUCAAUGCCUCUGAAGGCGCUGCAUAUACAUGUUACACAGACAUAUAUGCAGGGGAAACACCCAUAAAGAUUAAAAAAAUUACCCUUUGGAUAAAAAAUUAUCUGGGAACUGGGUGGUAGUAGCACAUUCCUUUAAUCCCAGUACUCAGGCAGAUCUCUGAGUUUGAGGCUAGCUUGUUCUACAAAGCAGUUCUAGGACAGCCAGGACUACACAGGGAAACCCUGUCUCAAAACAAAACAAACACACACACAAACAAAAAAACAGCCAAAAACCAGAUCUGGGUAAUGUCCUCACUUUGAUUUGAUUUUACAUUUUGAAUAACCAGAGGAAACAGGAGAUGUUUAAUGAACAAAGUAUUCAAUGAGUCACAUUUCUGUAUGCUUGGGUCUGUACUACUUUAUAAAGUAGUUUUAGUCCUCUUUAAAAUGGAGUAGAUAUUACUUCAGCCUGGAAAAAUGUUUUCUGUUUGGGCUAAUAUCAUUAUAUCAUUAAAAACAGUUUUAUUGAGUA